AUUAAAACUAAUUUCUUUCGAUUUUUUUAUUUUCCAUAUCUCAUUUGAUUCGUUGAACACCUCGCCCUUUUUCUCGUUUCUCCGAUCCCUCUCCCCAAUCUCCUUCUCAAUCCGAUUUUUUUUAAAAAAUCUUUUUGUCACGAUUUUGUUGCGCACAAAUCCCUACAAAUCCUAGGGUUUCGAGAUCAUUCCCAAUUUUCCCAUUUUUCUCGAAUUUAUCUUUAUUUUUUGGCGAUUAAUGCCUAAAAUUUUAGCAAAAUUUGGUUUCUUUGCAAAAAAUUCGAUCUGAAUCGGUGGAUUGAUCCGUGGAAGGUGCGAUUUAGGUGGUCGGACGCGUCGGAAUUAGGGUUAGGGUUGGGUUUCCGAUGUUUGGAUAGGGAUGGGAGUGGAUUACUACAACAUCUUGAAGGUGAAUCGCAACGCCACCGAUGAGGCUCUCAAGAAGUCGUAUCGGAGAUUGGCGAUGCAAUGGCACCCGGAUAAGAACCCUAGCGACAAGAGCACGGCCGAGGCCAAGUUUAAGCAGAUCACUGAGGCCUACGAGGUAUUAAGUGAUCCUCAAAAGAGGGCAAUAUAUGACCAGUAUGGAGAAGAGGGCUUGAAGGGAAUGCCCCCUCCCGAUUCGACUGGAUCAAGUAAUCACGGAUUUAACCCUCGUAAUGCGGAGGACGUCUUUGCAGAGUUCUUCGCGAGCACCAGCAAACCCUACGGGUUUGAGAACAUGGGGCGCGCAAAGUCUAUGAGGUUCCAAACGGAAGGGGCCGGGACGUUUGGCGGGUUUGGUGGGUCCGAGAGCAGAUACCACUCUUCUGCCGAAGGUGGAAGUGGUGCCAGCGGUGUAGGCGGUACGAGCCAGUCUCGAAAACCACCGCCAGUGGAAACCAAGUUGCCGUGUAGCCUUGAGGAGCUUUAUACUGGAUCUACAAGGAAGAUGAAGAUCUCUAGAAAUGUUUUGAGACCUAAUGGGCGAUUGGCAUCGGAAUCGGAGAUCUUGACGAUCGACGUGAAGCCCGGGUGGAAGAAGGGCACGAAGAUAACCUUCCCAGAUAAGGGCAACGAGGCGGUGGGCCAGCUCCCGGCUGAUCUCGUCUUUGUCAUCGACGAGAAACCCCACGAUGUGUACACCAGGGAAGGCAACAACCUCUUGGUCCACCAAAAGAUCCCCCUCGUGGACGCGCUCGCGGGGACCACCGUCAACCUCAAGACCCUCGACGGCCGUGAUCUAGUGAUCAAGGUGACCGACGUGAUAAGUCCCGGCUACGAGCUCGUGGUCGCGAACGAAGGGAUGCCGAUCGUGAAGGAGAAAGGGAAGAUGGGUAAUUUGAGGAUUAAGUUCGACGUGACCUUCCCAUCGAGGUUGACUUCGGAGCAGAGGGCGACCAUACGACGCGCGCUGGGAGGUUAAUUAAAACCUAUGAAUAAUAAUGAUCGUGUAAUUGAAUGCACAAAAGAUAGGACUUAGGCCUUGUUUGGUCACACUGACGAUCUUUCGGUUCUUUUAAAACUCAAGUUCUAUGCAAUUUAAUGCACCGGCGAGUAGAUCUCACUGUUGUUGUUCUUAUUAGUUAGCUUGCAACUCGCCUUUUCGCUCAAAAAGCGAAGAAACUAUAGGACGUUACACCGUCGCCCGAAACGUUCAAUUGCAUGGAACUCGAGUUCAGAAAAGGUUAAAAUAGCAGUAGUGUAACCAAACGAGGCCUUAGUAUGGUUUUUCUUCUGAUUAUCAUCACUAAUCCUUUUCCAUUCCAUGAAUUGUUAGCUCUUCUUCUUACACUGAUACUGUUCCUCCUUUUGUUCUGAACUAUGAUGUGAAUAACAUGAUUUAAGCGACAGAGGUAGAAGAUCGCCCAUUUUUGUGAUCAUCA